AAUCAGCAAAAUAUCUCAAACCGCCAAACUAAUAGCACACGGGAAACGGACGCGGAUCGACCCGCCCGACCGAACCGAGAGCAGCGCAGAUCCGGAGAGUCCGGAGUGUGAUAUACACACAGUCACGGGAAGCACAGCAGCAGCAGCAGCAGCAGCACGGUUUUGCGAAGACGACGACAACGUUCGAUCGCCGCCCCGGUGUGUUGCUUGUGUGUGUGUGGUGGGUUUUUCCUUCUGCUGCGUUACUUCGACUGGCUGACCGAGCCACACGCAUAACGGGUUUGGCAGUCCGACCGGACCGAUAUACGGGGAAGAAAAACUCCGGCUGGCCAUUGUGUGUGUUUGUGUGUCGAUGGCGCGGGACAUGCCGUUGUGUUGUGGUCGCCGUCGUCAGUGGAUCGUGGGAACCGGGCGCGAUGUUUAGCCGUGCUCUUGUGCUGCACUACCACCCAGCACAGUAGUCACCAAAUAGUGUGUUGUGUCCCGUACAAUAGCACCAAAGUCAAAACAAAACACUGAAUUUUCGAAGGUGCCAAAAGUGUGGAAAAGAUUUUUUCUUUUUUUUCACAAAAACAGCUGUGGUUUUUCCCUUCCCCAAUAGUUUUUCGUUAGAAAGAACGCAACAUUCGGUGCAUUAACAAGAGCGAGGUACAAAAAGUGUUGAUGUAAGUGUGUGUGUGUUCGUGUGAUAAGUGUACGUGUGAUUGAAUAUAUCUGCAUAUCGUGAAAAAUUCGACGUCCGACAGUUUGUGUGAGAAUCAACCACCGGCACCACUUUCUGCGGAUUUUGUCUCAAUAUUUUGGCACGCCCCACCAUCGAGGGCAAACGCGGUGCCGUGUUCUGGUGGCUGGUUCUGUUUCGUGCAGUUGCAAAGCAGCACCAUCAACGCAACAACAACAGCAAAAAAUCCCUACCUAUGUGUGUGAAAAUCUUCGGCGCGCACCCCAUUAUCAGCUGCUGCUCUUAACUUCCACAAAUUUCCAAAACCAUCCGUCGUCACCGCUGCUCUCCUAAUGCUGCAAUAAAUCCAUUUGCGCUGGGCGCGAUAUCAACCUUCUGUGAGUGUGUUUGUGUGUGUGUGAAUAGAGGAGGAGAAGCGGGGGUGAGGAAGAAAUAAACACAAUGCACGCGUGUGUGCGUGGUGCGUGUUGUUGUUGCUGUGCAGCCCGGUAGUAAUGCAAAGUGCAUCGUCGCUGGGUCUUUCCGUUUGUUCCGUCAGUUUGGUCACCUCACGGAACCAGCCCCUCCAUCUGUGUGAUUCGUCUGCGUGUGCUGUAUGUGUGUGUGAUGUAUUGCUGCUGUGUACGACAAAAGUAUGCUCUGGGUGCCAACAUGCCCAGAUGAACGACGGCGGGUGGCCGCUGAUACGUUGAUGCACUACACCGAGAAGAGUGCCAAAAGAGCAGAUAGUAGUGGUGGUAAAGGGUAAACCACACACAGGAGGAUGUAUGUGCGAGUGUUUUGUGGUGGUGAUUCGGUGUGAUAAUCAGUAAGAAGCGCAAUCGCUCCCCCCCAAAACUAAUCAACGAUCAUAAAGCGCCCACACUGACGUCGACAGGCGCAAACACAGGAAAACGAAAGUGUGAAAAUAAGAAGCGUGCAAUACAUUUUACGCAGAAAUGGUUGAAAUUGCUCCAGCAAAAGCAGCAAGCUUUGUCGUCGUCCCUCGUGCACCUCGUACACACGUACACCACAAACUGUGAAUGUGUGCCCUUUGCCUGAAGGGAGUGGAGUCGCCAGCAACGCACCUUCCCGCGUGUGGUGCAUGUCUAACAGUACAGCAAAAGAUCACUCAUAUCAACUAGACAACAUUGGCAAAUAGCACAUUAGCAAAUAAGGUAAAACGAGAGAUAGAGAGAGAAUAAAAAGGUAAACGUACAAAAGCACAAUCAAAAACCAAUACAAUAACAUAGCGCGCUUAGCACAGUGCGAAGCGAAGGAGGGGAACGACGACAAACACACAGCAGUGAGCCCCAGCCCCAGCCAAUACACAAAUCAACAUGGUGGACACGCAGCACUUCUGUCUGCGAUGGAACAACUACCAGAGCAGUAUCACGUCGGCCUUCGAAAACCUGCGCGAUGACGAGGACUUUGUGGACGUGACGCUGGCAUGCGACGGUCGCAGCCUCAAGGCGCACCGCGUCGUCCUAUCCGCUUGCAGCACAUACUUCCGCGAGCUACUGAAGAGCACACCAUGCAAACAUCCCGUGAUAGUGCUGCAGGACGUGGCGUUCACGGACCUGCACGCGCUGGUCGAGUUCAUCUACCACGGCGAGGUGAACGUGCAUCAGCGGUCACUGAGCUCCUUCCUGAAGACGGCCGAAAUUUUAAGAGUGUCCGGCCUGACCCAGCAGCAGGCGGAAGAAACGCACGGCAUGCAUGCUUCGCUCGGGGCCAAUCUGCCGUCGGGCGUCGUCCAUCAUCCGAUCUACCCGGAGAAGAUGCUGGACGAUUCGCUGUACGUAUCGCAAGGCGCCUCUCCUCCGCCCCACCUGUCCAGCCUGCACAACAGCUCCUCGCCGAACAGUGGGGGAGUGGGCGGCGGCAACAGUAAUGGCGGCGGGGCACCGAUGGUCAACCAGCUGCUGAAGCGGGCGGCGGCCGCGGCAGCACUCCGGCGGGAACGGAACAACUCCGUCCAUUCGGACGAGAUGGCGCUCAAGCGGCACCGGAUGUCGGUGGACAGCAAUGGGCCAACGAAUCCGCGCGACCACCUGGACGUGAUCUGCAGCACGCCCCAGACGACGGCGACCGACUUUUCGUCGAGCGCGGCCAAACAGCACCUCAGUUUGCCAUCGCCCCAGGGAAAGGAUCAAAUGCGGCAACAGGACAGCUUAUCCGGUCAUGCCAACAGUGGCAGCAACAGUUUCUCCAUCAACAGCGCGAGUAACUUAAUAAAAAGUAGUAUUAAUAACAAUAACAACAACAUCAACAACAACAACAACUUGAACAACAACCUGUUGCACAGCAAGGAAAACAGUGGCGUCGGCGGCGGCGGUGCGGGCGGUCUGUGCGGUUCCGGCGGCAGCAUGCCCACCUCGCUCGGCACCUCGAACGGCAGCAACGCGGGCAGCCUCUGCUCGGCGGAAAAGGAAAGCCUAGCGUCCUCGCCGUCGGAACGGUCGGCCGAGGACGUGAAGUCGGAACCGCUCGAGCUGCUGUGCGGUACGGGCGGCGAUCACGAAAACAGCUCGGACUCGGUAACGGACGAUCAUGGCGACCUGGUGAAGGGUGGACUGGACGUGAAGGGCUCUUUGCGAUCGCCAAACGACCAUGAGCUUGAGAGCAGUAUGCACCACCACAGCGGCGCACAGUUUCUCAUGAACGCUAGCGAAAAUAAACUCUUUCCCACGCCGCCCUCGUUUAACUUUUCCAUGGCAGCACUAGCGGCAGACCCGUCCGCACUGGCAGGAUUCAGCACACAGGCCCUACAAGCAGUGGAGUUGGCCGGCUCGCCACAGGGCAUGAGCAUUGCGGCUAGUAUGGCGGCAUCCCAGCGCUCAGCAUCCCCACCGGACGGUGGUGGCGGCGGCGGCGGUGGCGGCUCGUCCGUCCACGGAGGGCACGGUAUGAACCGGCUGUCGCUUCCGCUGCCGCUGGCCGCGUGCCACCGGUGCGACGUGUGCGGCAAGCUGCUGAGCACGAAGCUGACCCUCAAGCGGCACAAGGAGCAGCAGCACCUGCAGCCGCUAAACAAUGCGGUGUGCAACCUGUGCCACAAGGUGUUCCGCACGCUGAACAGCCUGAACAAUCACAAGAGCAUUUACCACCGCCGGCAGAAGAUCCUGCACCACCAUCAUCACGCCCACCACCAUCCCCUGCACGGGCAGCAUCCGUUCGCGGUCGGGGGCGGCCCCGGUGCCGGCGGCCCUGGCGGUGGCGGCGGGGGCGGCGCGGUCAGCCCGCUGCACCACGGAGCGGCACAUGCGGCGGUGACGGCGGCGGCCGUUGCGGCGGCCGCUGCCGCCGCCGGUGGCCAUCACGAGCUGCUGAACAACAAUGCUGCCGGCGCCACCGACUGUGAUAUCAAGCAUAAUAGUGUCGCGGCCAAGCUCGAAUACAUGUAAAUAAUACUAGAGAGGAGAAGACGGCGAGGGCAACACAAAUGGGAGAAAUAACGCGCUGUGCACGACGCAACUAAGUAGUAGUAGCGAAGUCCGCGUGGUGUGGUCGUCGUCGCUAGACGGAAGAGGAGUAAUAGCUGGAGGAGAAAAACAAAAUGCAACAAAACAUGGUAGUGCGUGCAGCGCAUCAUCUUAAAAUCAUCUCAGAACAAUGAUCAAUUGUAACAUAUAUGUAAUGUAUGUAAGAGUGUGUGUGUGUGUGGGUAUGUGGGUGUAUGUAUAUAUGUAAGCGGGCGGCAACAGCUCGAACGUCCUUCUCCGGAAUAAGGCAACAGAUGAACAAAUCGCUCCCACUCUUUCUCUCGCUCUCGCUAUCCCUCUCAUCACCUCUGUUCUGUUCCCAAAUUAUGUCUCGAUCGCUCGGUGUUAGUCUCUUUCUUGUGAAGAUCUAGACCAAUGCACAAGCAUAGAUAGAGUUGGAUAAUUGACCCCGAAAAUAAAAAGGAAAUGCUACUUUUCUCCAACCCAGUGAGAAUCUUCGAUAGAUUCUUCUGUGUUUCCAUUUUUUGUUUGUUUACCAAAACUGAAAACGAAUUUAGAAUAAGAGUUUAUGCGAUCCGAGCAUUAGUAGUGGGAUGAUCUGAAAUUGGGUUUGGUUUAUUUAGUUUAGAAAUUGGGUUUAUGCAAUGCAAUCGAAAGGCGAAGAAGAGGGAGCAGAAGAGGUAGAGCAGGACGACGUGUUUAUGGAAUGAAUGGAAUGUGUUUAUUUUUUAUUUUUGCCAAUUAUGUGUUAAUUUUUAAUAGUUGAUUUAUAUUCUACCCUUCCCCACAACUUCCGUUUUCCCAUACCUUGUUUUGUUGAGCCUUUUACUAUUAUGAAUACACAUUUAUUACGCGCAUAUUGAACUAUUUAGUAGGAUUUUAGUAGGAGUAAGGAGAAUGAUAACAUUUUUCUAAACAAUAUGUUUUGGUUGCCCCAUCGAUGUAUCGAGGACAGCGCAUGGGGGGAAAACUAUCCCAGCAAAGAUAUAUUUGAAGAAAAGAAAACAAAAAACCCGAAUGUGUGCGUGUGUGCCCAUUGUUAUAUGUGGUCAAAACUACUAAACCAUUUCCUUCUUUUUCGAUCGGCGUUCUCUGGUCAUUGUUGUUAAGUAUCAAAUUGUAUCAUCUCGUUCGUUUAUUUAUCAGUUUAGUUUUGUUUCAAGGGCGCACUCCUGUUGAAACGUAUUUCUAAUUUAGCGAAAUUCUGAUUUUAAUCGUCUCGUGUUGUUGUCUAAAAGUGAAAACGAAAACGGAAACCAAAGGUAUAAGUUUGUUUGGUUCGGUACGAAACACCCCCUCGAUUGCUGGACUGUGCGUGAAAUUAUUGUAAAGACUGAUUUUUCAUACCAUUUUGGGUUGUUUAAACUAUUGUGUUUUUUUGUUGCGUGGUUGCGUUGCGGUGUGGUGUGGAGUCUUAGAUUUAGAACAACGUCGUUUAGCAUUUAAACAUUAUUUAAUUUUUCUUACUUAAAGAAAAUUGAUAUAAAUUAGCAAAAUUAAUCGCAACGGAAAGGAAGGAUUGGGAAACAAAAACCCAAAUACACACCCUCACAAAAAGUUUGCGUUGAAAAAAAAAAGAAAAAAUUCUUUUGAUAGCAUUUUCCACCAAUACGUUUAGUAUGCUGUACGUAACUGAGGGUGUGUGUAAGCCAAAAAAAGAAAAGAAACAGUGUUAAAGCGCCACCACAUUGAAAUGGAAGGAAAUAUCAUUCGAUGCAAUUAACAACGGUACACACACAUACAUAUACGAAACCAAGAAUCUUUGUUGUGCAUAAAUAAUUAGGGCAUGAAAAAAGGGGCAAGAGCAAGAAAAGGUUUAGUUCUAUACAACAAAACAAAUGGCUUAAAGGUAGUAAGAAAAACGCGCCUUUUCUUCCCGGUCAAACAAGGGAACACGGAUCGCAUUGAGGAAAAAAACCCGCAUUAUGCUGCCACUCUUCCAUUAUACUUAUUAUUACGAUUAUGAUGUAUCUGCUUCAAUAUUAUUCUUAUUUUUUGUGUGUUUUGCAUUUGCUUAUUUUACUGCGUAAUGCAAAUGAUAAACUAAUGAGAAAAUCCAUGUUUUAGUGCGUAAGUUUAGAUGAAAUAUUAUAUAGUUUGUGUGUAAUUAUAUUUGCACCUGGGCCGGUCGGUUAAGUUUAGAAGAAAGAUUCUACAACACCUAGAACUAUGCUAGGAAAGAGAGAAAGAGUAUGAGAAAGAGAAGAGUGAAAAUAGAAAGAGAGAAAGAGUGAGAAAAUGAGAGAGAAAGAUAGAAAGAGUGGAGAAAGACAGAAAAGUAGUAGCAAGGAAGGUAGAAAACGUAUACAGUGGAAGCAAACUCUCGAGCGCUAAAGAGAAAUAGCAGUGUCCAUUUUCCUGUUGUUUUUAAACGGCCGGCAGUCGGCGAGAUACGCUGUAUGUUAAGUUUAAAUGAAAAGUUUUUUUUUGUAUUUUUUUUGCUACCUAAACACCUUAAUACCCCCUCUUUAAGCUUAAGGAAACUGUAAUGAUGUGUUUUAUUAUUAUCAAACUGUCUUAAUACCAUAUUCCCCCUUUUUACCGAUGCCGCGCCCCUGCUCCGUUUUGCUUAAGUCAAUAUUCGAUGCGUUGCCUGUUCUGUUAAGUUAGUUAUAUAGCUCUGUUCUGUUUUGUGUGUUGUGUGUGUUGGGGCACAAUGUUGGUGGGGAUUUCUCGCUGCUUGUGAGACUGUUGGCAUACUUUUCUUUUACAAUUUUCUGUGACACGAUAGCAUUACUUGCUCAAUUGCUUCGUUUGUACUGACACAUCUUGUCACAAGAAAAAAACUCGAAAAAGUGGCCCUGAUUGUUGCAGAUAGAACGAGAGUAAUUCAGUACAACCUCUGUUAUACGCUCAUUUAUUUUACUUGCCCGUUAACGUUUCAUUGGCCUUUCAGAUGUGGAACGUGCCACAGAACCAACUGUGCUGUUUGUUUUUGGCUGACCUGAAGAAUUUUGUUCUGUUUAGUGCAACGAGAAUCACGUGUUUUUAAGCAUCUAACCAUGGCCUAAUAGGUGACUGCAAAUCAGCUUUGUUACUCAUGGCAUUUUUGGCACACCUGCUAAGAGAUUUUUGUAAACUUAUUCAAUCGGGAAGUAAUAGCCAAACAGCGAGACUGUGAGAGAAAGAAAUAGAAAGAGAUAGUAAGAGAGAGGGAGGGAGAGAGAGAGAGAGAGUGAUCGGUAUAUAGGAGGACAACGUUAUACAUAAUUUCUCCACUGUCGAUGUGCAAGGACGCAUAUAAAUGGCGCAACCCCAUUAAGAGAAUUUUACUGUAAAAGACGAAGAUGGGAUGGAAUUGCAUAUAAUGUAAAAACAAAAAACAAAUCGUGAGCCACUCAGCAGCACAACAUAAAACAAAACUAUAGAUAAAAACGCGGAAAAAACUAUAACAUUUAGAGAUUGUGUGGCCUGCAAUUGUUACAAUAUAUGACUGAUUAGAUACUAAAUCAAGAGUAAAUUAUAUUUGAGGUGUGGACGUGGAGAGGAUAUUGCAAUGAAAUGUAGCUCCACACAUAUUUGGACGAACCACGAAUUUGGAAUACAAAAUUCGAACCUUAGAGAGAGAGAGAUAAAAUAAUGAAAGCGAGAAAACAAGCAAGAACAAUGCGCGGAGUGGAUUGUUCGAGCGAAUGUGUAAGAAUCUGAUCGAAAUUUAAGCAGAGUGUAAUAAUUUGAAAAAGAGCACCACAAUUAUGGAGAGAGAAUGGGUCAAAAAGACAAAUUUAUGAUGCGACGAAAAAGUUACCAAAACUGAUUUAGUAUUACAAAACAAAAGGGACAAGCACACACAACAAAUACACACUGAAAAGGGCAUUUUUUACGGGCUGGCUAAAGUGGACACAACACAGUGCUGCAAUUUCCUGUGAAUGAAAACGCAGUGCAACAAGAGAGAGAGAGGGGAUGAAAAUGCAAGAACAAAUUGUGCAAGGGCGAACUUAGAGACGGGGAGGGCAGAUUACGAGGGAGGGAAAACGUUUUACCUUUAGGGCUGACUGGUUCUGCAUGUAUACGGGCGACUUCAGACAACAUAUAUAGGUAUGGUAUGUAUAUUUUCGAUACAGUACAAUAUCGAAGUGAGCGAUUUUGCAUUUCGCCGCGUAUCAUUGGCGUGUGAUUUAUUUUGUAGAACCUUUUUCCUAGCGUUUCGGAAGAAACUAUUAGCCCCCCCACCGUUCACCGGCCAACGGUGUCGGGCGGCAUGGCGUGCAAAAUUCAAAAUUAACCCAAAGUACUUGUUAAUUGGCGCGGUGCGAGAGCACGCGCAGGCACAACACCCGUAAACAAGCAGAAGGAGAAAAAGAAAACAACAAAAUUAACUAAAACAAAACGAAAAAAGGGAAAAAAUAAUAAGAAAAACCUAUUUGUGAUUGUCUAAAAGACUGAAAAUUAAUAAUAUUGUUGAAUUGGCAAAAAUGCUCCCCACUUACGAAUAAGCAAACCAGAAACCAUUAAAAUACGUGCGCCAGGUGUGUAUGAUUGAAAACAAAAAAAUGAGAAAAAACAAAAGUCUGAAUAUUUAAUUUGUAUUUCGAAACAUUUGUGAAAAUCACGAUGCGUACGCUUGAAAACAAAAUUAGGGGAAGAAGAUUAGAAGAAGGCGAGAUAUGAAAACCAAAAUUAGAAAAAUAUUUGUUUAUAAAUUUAAUUUUACCAUCUGGCAAUUGGCGGUUUUGAGAGAAAAGACGAGAGAGUUUAUUUUUUUUAUUUAUUUUUUCUCAAUUUUAUCUUUAUUUUAUUUAUUUUCCUCGUUGGAUAUCUAGGCACAAAACGAUGAAGGGCAGGUAAUGAAUGAAAAAGAGAGAAAAUGUUUUAGAACGACGAUGUGCAAAGUUCGUGAAACGAAAUGUUGAAAAAAAAACACUUUAUUGUAGUAACAUCUCAAAAGAAAGUAAUAACUUCCCAAUUGUGCACGCGAAAAUGAUAAAAAAGCAAAGUGCAAGUUGUGGAAAAAUACCCCCUCAAAUGCGAUCGAAAUUGCUUUAAAAAUUGUGCAAAACUGCCCGCUAUAUUGCAGGUGAUUGCAAGAAUACAUUCACCCAAUGGAUAACAAAAUGGCAUAAGAAAACUUACAACCAAUGAGCCAAACAUACCCUUACAAACGUCAUGUCGAGUAAAAUUCAGGAUAACAAUCAAUACACAAUACACUCACUUCCCCCCUUUCAUCGAGACACGGUCAAACGUUGUAACCGAACAGAACAUAAGCAGCCAAGUUUAAUCUAUGUGUUUUUGUCGUAAGAACAACUCCUUGACAGUUUAAAUAAAAUAGCAUUGCAUGAUUAGCAACGAAAAAAAAAAACAAAACAAAACAAAGCAACAGAAACGAUAAAUCAACACUCUAUAGCGGAUUGUAAAAUAACAUAAUAUAAUUCAAAUCAAACAACAGCAGCAAAUACAUACAGAUAGAGAAAUCUUACAAAUGGUACACACCUUAAUGUUAAAAGAAGUACACAAAAACAGAAACUCUCAUCUAAUAAACCUAAUAAAAACACAAAUCAAUGGAAAGCAAACAGUCCCCGAGUGGUGAUGGAAACACACAUUUAAAAAAAAAAUAGAAGAAGACCCUCGACCCCAUAGGCGUUGCAGUUAUAGCUACAGUAAGUAAUACAAUAAAAGGGGCAAACAGCGAAACAUUGAACUUAAGCCGCGUACUUCUCCGGUGCCAGCAAGUGAUUGCGCUGGGGGAACUCUUGAAAUCGCUAACGCUAAUGUUUAACAGAUGGGCGAAAUAAACACAAACACUUAACGAAAACAAUAUGUAGGCCGGAGAACAAGCAAAACAACCGGCAAAAGCCCCUGGUGUUUUGUUAAAUGCGAGGCAACACAGGGAUAAGAAGAAGAAGAAGAAGAAGAAGAAGAAGAAGAACAAGAAGAAGAAGAAGAAAACAAAACAUACAAGUAAAAAGCAGCCGAAGAAGAUCAUUACACAGAACAACAACCCACACUUGCUUGUAAACAGUUGAAAAAAAAAACAACAACAACACAUACACACAAAUAUCAGUAAUUGAAUAAAACAGUAUCUAAUAUUUCGAAAA